AUGUUCAUUAACAAAGCUGCAAUCAAUUCCAAACCUAAUAUUAAGUUGGUUUUUGGAAUGAUCCUCUGGAACUAUGGACCUGAUGUAAUGGAUGCUUUGCUUGAACUAAUUUUAUCAUUGGCUGCUUCAAGUGGGAAUUAUCUUGAUGGUUGCUUGGAUGUGCUUGUCAGCAACUUUAUGCCCCCUUAUUCUUUCCUAGAUUUACUGAAGCAGUCACGUGGUCUUGCAAGAAAAGACCAAGUUCUUUCACGGGUGCAUUCAACAUCGGAAGAUAUUUCUGAUCUGGUGCCUCUAGUCCCCUCAAGACUAGUGCCGAAAGUAAUCCAGAGAAUGCCUAAUGUGUUUACUGAGGAACCUGACCGGGAAAAACUGCAGUUGCACAGCCCCCUCCCCCUAGAGCUGCAGAUUGGGUUAGCCAAGACUCAAACCCGAGACCUCACACCAAUGGUCCGUUUGAUUGCAUUAUUAGUUGCUUGCUCUCUCCCUUUUGUAACCUUUCAACUAGCAUCACCUUUUUCAUGUUCUUUCUUUUUUUAUAACUGGUAUUUCAGGAUCAUGAGGUUUUUUUGUCUAUAUCAUACAAUAAAUGGUCUUAUGGAACUGAUUGAAAUGUGGGCCGUAUUACCUUUUAAGUUGAUUGUGCUACAUGUGGAGAACAUGUUAAGGUUGGAGAGUGGUGCAAUUCAAGAACUUGUUGGGAAAAUGAUGCUUGUGGCAAUGAUGGAUAGGCUGGUAGACUUGGAUGUAGAGAUUGCAUGGGAGGAAAUCUUACAAGAUGACUACAGCCAAGGGAUGUUUGAGAUGCUAGAAGACAUAGAAGAGCCAGCACAUGAUGUUAAAAAUGAUGGUGGUGAAAGGAUCUUUAAGUCAAAAGAGUUUAGGGGGAAAUUAGAUAGCUUAAGGGUACUAACUUUUGAACAUCUUGAAUCUUGUGAAGGAGGUGGUCGAUUGAUUGAGGUAUUUAAAACUCUUAUACCGUCAUUUCAGACAACUGUUCUGAAUGCAUACAAGUCAAAUUUGCUCAGGUACUUCUUCCUCUAUUAUGCAUUUCCUUUCUAUUUCUUUGGUUUUGUGAUGUUCUAUGCCUGUGCUCUUGACCCUGAAAAUUGUGGUGUGAGAUUUGCUAGGAUGCUUGCAGAUUUUUUUGUUUGCAGUACUUUCUCCACCCCCAUGCCCCCUCAACAGGGAUUUGGUGCAGUACAAGUACAGGAUUAUCUCAAUUUGGCUCCUAUGUUAAUGGAUACUUCAACAUGUGUGAAGUACCCCUCCCUUGGAAAAGUGCAAAGUUGCUCCAAGAAUGGAUCGGGUGUUUCUUUGACAUGCCUACUGCUGUUGUCAGAAAUAACGAGUGGUGUUGCUUAUCUUGCAAGUUAUUUGUCCCAUGGAAAGUUUCUGACAACCUCCUUUGUUGAUAAUAUAUUGGAAAGGUCUAUGAGGUCUCAGGCUGGUGGUUUGGUGUUUGGAAUAUUGCAAAAAAUUUAAUGGUGGCAUAAAUCCUGGAACUUGUUGAGUUUUUUAUUCUGGAUGUCAGGUAUAUGAUGCUUUGGAAAUAAGGUAUGAAUAGUCUGCAAAUCAAGGCUUAAAUAGCAAUAUCUUUCCUAGUGGAUAAGAAUGUCUAUGAAGAGUAAGCAGCCUCCUUCCUAAAAGUCAAAGACAAUAACUUCAUAGAAGAAGGUUCAAUUGAGUUAACUGUUCUUAAAGUUUACAAAUUGUUGAAUAUUUUGUUCAAACUGGAGGAGAUGCGGGUGGUUUGCUAGCCAUUAACACAUUUAUUUUGUAUUGUGAAGCUGCAUCAUGGUCAGUAAUGGAUUGUUUUGAUAAAAUUUACGUUGGUUUUCUCAAGUAAAUAGAUCAUUGUGGAA